UCUUCUUCACGCCAUUUCAACAUGGCCGCCUCCCGUCAGCGAGUUUAGACCAACGAGAGGCUCCUGGCGUCCUGUCGAAUAUAUAUCUAUAAUAUAUUGGACUCUGUUAUCAGGAGACAAGGUGGCCGCCACUCGGCACCGUUUGCCAACAUGUCGCUUUGUGGGAGAAGCUUUUUGGUCGCCGCGCUCCUCGGAGCUGCUAAGGCGCAGAACAUUCGCCGGCUGAGCCGCUGCCAAGCGCUCGUGUACGCGAACCACGGAGAUCCCUCCGGUGUCAUUCAGUUGAAGAAUGUGGAUCUUCGCCCGGUGGGUCCAAAAGAUGUUCUGGUGAAAAUCCUGGCCGCGCCCAUCAACCCGUCCGACAUCAACAUGAUCCAAGGGACAUACGCUAUCCUGCCCCAGCUGCCGGCUGUUGGUGGCAAUGAGGGCGUGGCCCAGGUGGUGGAGGUGGGCGGCCAGGUCGCGUCGCUCCAAAUCGGAGACUGGGUCAUCCCCAGAGACGCCGGCUUGGGCACGUGGAGGACAGCGGCCGUGUGCGAUGAAGACGACGUGAUCGUGGUGCCCCGUGACAUCCCCCUGUUGGCGGCCGCCACGCUCGGGGUGAACCCCUGCACCGCCCUCAGGAUGUUGGCUGACUUUGAGCACCUCGAGCCAGGCGAUUCGUUGAUCCAGAACGCAGCCAACAGCGGCGUGGGGCAGGCGGUCAUUCAAAUUGCUGCGGCCAAGGGAAUCCGCACCAUCAACGUGCUGCGAGACAGGCCGCAGUUCACCCGGCUCAGUGAUGGACUGAAGGCCCUGGGAGCCAGUCACGUGAUCAAAGAGGACGCACUGAGGCGCCCCGACAUGGAGGAACUCUUCCAGACGUGCCCAAAGCCCAAACUGGCCUUGAAUGCCGUUGGAGGAAAGAGCGCCACCGAGCUGCUGCGUCAUCUCCGGGUCGGAGGCUCCAUGGUGACUUACGGCGGGAUGUCCAGACAGCCCGUCACCGUCCCCACGAGCGCUCUUAUUUUCAAGGAUGUGAAAGUGCGUGGCUUCUGGGUCACGCGGUGGAAGAGACAACACUCCAACGGAGCGCUGCGAGCCACGCUGGCCGAGCUGUGCUCCCUCCUGCGCCAGGGAAAGCUGAGCGCUCCCGCCUGCGCCGAGGUGGCUCUGAGCGACUACCGCCGAGCCCUGGACGCCGCCGCGCGGCCCUUCGCCGCCGCCAAGCAGAUCCUGAUCACGUGAAGACGCCUCACCAAAUGCCAACGCUUCGGCUUUCCGGUUCGGCGUCCCCGUCCCCGCGAGAGUUGGCGGCGACGUCGACGAUGGCCGAGCGGUGAGAAGCCUCGUCCGCAACCGCGCCCUUGCCGUCCUCUCCCUAAAUCAGCUUUCCCCCCACGGAGGAACAUUUUGUGUCCCUUUACAAGGGAGUCCGAUAUCUCGCGGUCUGGCGCGCCGGCGUAUGAAAGCCGCACGGGUGAUUUGAAGCCAAAGCUUGGCGUUUGUAUUGUGUUGCCGGUGGAAUCAUCAGUUAGUUGGAUGACAUUAAAAUGCCAAAUUGUGUCAUGACAA